AUGUGGUGGUCGCAGUUCGCACGUCGCGACACGCGUGGCCAGCUGGAGCGGGCGGAGGAGGGGUCCUCCUUGUGGGAGGAGAUCUGCGCGGAAGGCGAGGCGCUGAGGCGGCGGGUGUGGCCCGAGACGCGGGAGUACCCGGAGCUCCCCGACAACGAGGGCGACUCCGCCGUCGCGUACCUGGAGCGCGAGGUGUUCCCCUGGCUGCUGCCGGCGCUCGAGGCGUGCCUGUUCGGCGCGCGCGACUGGGGCUGCGUGGCGGACCCGCGGCGGUGCGUGUUCGACGGGCUGGACCGCGUCGCCGAGCACCUGUGGAACCGCAACCCGCGCUUCCCCGAGCGCCGCCUCGCCGGCUGGACGGACGUCUACGACAUCCCGUUCGCGCGGGAGUGGCUGGCGGACCACCCGCGGCCCUUCUUCCCCAGGUCGUGGCUGUGGUCGCCGGAGGAGGCGAGCGUGGUGCUGCAGGCCGCCUUCAGGGCUUACCUGGUGCGGCGCGACCCCGAGGUGCAGGAGAUGAGGCAGUUCUGGAGGGCCGUCAGGCAGGAACAAGCGGCCGAGGCGGCGGCCGAGGGCGCGUCGGACGAGACGCCUGGCGGAGUGGACGAGGCUGCAGCCGAAGACAGGCCGGAGAGACCAGCAGAGGCUGCAGCUGAAGACAAGCCUUAG